AUGCCUAGUCGUAGUAGUAAGAAGCUCAAGGAGAAAGACAUAUCUCCCAAUCAUUCCAUGUCGCCUCGUCAGUUCGCCGCGUUGACAGCCGUAUGCGACACGCUCGUAUCCUCCAUGCCGGUUCCGACUGACUCUGACGACCCGUACUUUCAGCUCGUCGGGAAGCGAAAGGAAGGCGCGCAGUCGGAUAGCCGGUGGAGCGAGUUUUACGGCGAGCCGCGGAAGGAGGCCAUCGCGGCGUACUUCGCGGAAUCCGCGUCUAGCCUUGGUGUCGUCGACAAGGUAGCGACGACAAUGCAGCAGUGCCUGAAACCCCUGCCUCUGGUCGUCUUCAGCACGGUCUUAUGGCUGCUCUCCACUCGCCUGGGCACGCUGCUGCUGGCCGGCCGCAGGGCCUUCACCAAGCGACCGCCGUUCCUGCAGCCCUUCGCGAAGCUGACGCCGCAGGCUCGUGAGGCCGUGCUGCUGCGGUGGUCCGUGAGCAGCAACUUCCUGCUGCGCACCGUGUUCAAGACGUUCCGCAGCUUCACACUCUUCCACGUGGGUGCACAGCAUGACGGCUCUGGCGACAACAUGCAGUGGCGAGCCAUGGGGUACUGUGGACCGGAUCCCAACAUGCUGGCUGCUGGGAAGAAACGCAAAUACACCAGCAGCAGCAGCCGAGACAGCUCAGCUGCUUGUGAUCCUGACGUGGCACAGCGGCCAGCUCAGCAUGCUGACGUGGCACAGCGUCCAGCUCAGCGAUCCGACAAUAGCGAGGAAGAAGCUGAGCGUGAACAGGGAACGAUCAGAGGGGGCAGUUGUGAUGAUGGGUGUGAGGAGAAGGGAGGCGAGGCGAGGCCACUAGACGCAGCAGUGGUGGACUGUGCAGCAGAGGGCGAGGGGCUGGCAGCAGUGCUGCAAGGCAAGGGCGUGGAGGUGCUGCCAGGGCCGAGGCAGACGAUAGGGCUGCUGAGCAGAAGAGAUCACGGGGAAGGAGAGCCUGUGGUCGUGCGGUGUGAUGCGGUGGUGAUCGAUUCCGGCUGUGGAGGAGCCAUUAUCGCAGCUCAGCUCGCAGAAGCAGCAGCAGCAGCUGGUGGUGACAAUGGUGGGGGUGGCAGUGGGCAGCAGAGGAAGGUGGUGGUGCUGGAAGCGGGGGGUUACUUCUUCCGCUCCGACUUGUCUCUCCUCGAAGCUCCCUCCGCCCAGAUGUGCGACACGCAAGGCUUUCUCACCACCGAGGAUGGGGGGAUUGCACUGCUGGUAGGGAGAACAGUGGGCGGAGGCAGCGCUGUCAACUGGUCUGCAUCCUUCCGCACACCACCCCAUGUCACCAAGGAGUGGGCCAGCGAGUAUGGGCUCAAGCAAUUUGAGUCGCAGGAGUAUACAGCAGCCAUGGAUGCCGUGUGUGAGAAGAUUCAGGUCACAGCGGACGAGUCCCUCACCCCGCACAGCCUGAGCAACGCGGCUCUCAAGGCGGGGUGCGCAGCUCUGGGCUGCCACCAUGCCAUCACCCCCCGCAACACCAACCAGCCGCACCCCUGCGCCUGGUGCACCUUUGGGUGCUGGUCAGGCGAGAAACAGUCGAUGCUGGAAACCUGGUUACCAGACGCCGUUACACACGGCGCCCUCAUCCUCUCCCGCUGCGCCGCCCUCCGCCUCCUCCUCUCCCCCAACCGCCCUGUGAGCAGCAGCGCGGGUGCUGGCAUGAGACAGAGGAAGCAGGUGGUGGGGGUGGAGGCGAGGGUAGAGCAGCAGGGCGUGCGGCAGAGAGUUGUGGUUGAGGCCAACCUGGUCGUUGUGGCGUGUGGCAGUCUGCACACACCCCCACUGUUACUCGCCAGUGGUCUCACCAACCCCGCCAUCGGAGCCUCGCUGCGCCUGCACCCCGUCACCUCAGCCUGGGGCUUCUUCCCCGAAACCGCCCCCUCCCUGCCGCCCGCCCUGCCCGCCGGCGCGGGCUAUUUGGGGCCGAUCAUGAGCGUGAACUCGAGAGAGACGGCUAACUGGGAGACAAGUGGAUAUGGUGCCAUGAUUCAGACCCCCACCAUGCACCCGGGUCUGCUAGGCUGCGCUAUACCCUGGCUGGGCAGUCAGAAGGUCAAGCAGUCGGCAGUACGUUUCGACCGCAUUGCCUCGCUCAUCUCCAUCGUCAGAGACCGAGGGCGCGGCACUGUGCGCACGGACGGCAGCGGGCGGCCUGUUGUGACGUACCGGCUGGGCAAGGAGGACCAGAAGAGCAUGCAGGAGGCGCUGCUGCUGUCGCUGCGCAUCCUGAGAGCAGCGGGAGCAGUGGAGGUGGGCACGCUUCACCAGUCACUCAAGCCCUUCCGCUGCCUCGUCCCACCCACCGUUGACGCCGACACAGCUGAUGGAAACCUGCUGGCAGCGAACGCCAAAUUGAAUGGCAGCGAUGGUUUGGAGGGGAUGGAUGGGUGGCAACGCACGUCUGAUGUGGAGUUUGAGGCGUAUUUGAAAUCUGUGGUUGCGGUGGGCUUUAAGCUCAAUGAUUGCACGCUGUUCUCGGCGCACCAGACUGGUAGCUGCCCCAUGGGUAUUUCCCCGAGGAGCUCUGUUGUGGAUGAGAAUGGGGAGAGUUGGGAAGCGUCUGGGUUGUUUGUGGGCGAUGGAAGUGUGUUUCCGACGCCUGUGGGCGUUAAUCCUAUGGUGUCUAUUGAGUCAGUGGCGUUCAUGAUCGGGAAACGGCUAGCAGAGAGAUUUAGGAAUGGGGAAUUUAGUGAGUGA